AUGGGCAAAUUCUUUGAAUCUAUUUCCGACGACCUCGGUCAAUGGGCCUUACGCCAGAGAGUUUUCUUCGUGGCCUCCGCUCCUCUACGUGGCCGGCAUAUCAACCUUUCUCCAAAGGGCCUACCGGAUUCUUGCCUUGCCAUCCUUGACCCGAACCAAGUGGCCUACAUCGAUUCGACCGGGUCUGGAUGUGAAACGAUUUCCCAUCUGCGCGAAAAUGGUCGCAUUACUUUGAUGUUUUGCUCGUUUGAUGCUUCUCCUCGUAUCAUGCGGCUCUUUGCUACUGGGUCUGUUAUUGAGUGGGACCAGCCCGAGUUUCCUGCAUACUUGAAGCGUAUGGGCAAGUCCGAGGUUGCUGGAGCGCGUGCUGUUAUUAAACUUGAUGUUUUCAAGGUGCAAACAUCUUGCGGCUAUGGUGUUCCAUUGCUGGCCUUGGACACUGACUCCGAAACCGACGAAUCCAAACCAUAUCUAAAGGACCGUGAGACAUUGAGUCGUUAUGCCGCCAAAAUGGUUAGCUCCGGGAAGACGCAAGAAUAUCAGCAAGAAUGCAAUAAUCGCAGCUUAGAUGGACUCCCCGGUCUUCAAUCUGCACUCAGAGAUGGCGGGAACUCUAUUUGGCGACUGAAGUUGGAGAAUUGGCUGAACCAACAUAGAGAUGAAGUCAAGACGGUGAAA